UCAUCUCGCCCAGUCAGUUGUGUUGCUGCUUUGCGAACGUUUGGACGUGAUUUAGAAUUUCCUCCUCUCGCGCAGGGUUCGUUUCGUUCGUUCGGGACAAACAAACAGCUAGCGAUCGGACUGCACAGAGUGCGGCGGACGGGCCCGAUUAGGUAUCCUACACACUUUUGUUCGAGUUUGGUGCUUUUUUUCUUGUGCUGCCUUUUGGGUUCGGUUUCGUUAGGACCUCGUGCGCGCCAGUGUGUGAGACCGCGAUCAAGUGCUUUCCUGGCCUAGACUAGACUGCCACCGGAAAGAAGCCUAGAAAGUUAUUGAUUUGGAAAGUGAUCGCCGUGUUUGGGGAGAAGCAAAACGUAAUCACGCUUUGAAUGAUUAGAGCUUGAGGACGGGUGCAAAGUAACAGAAGAGAGUUUGGUGAUUUUUUCAUGGAGUAGUGCUUGCAUGUGAAUGAUAGAAGAACACUCCUACGACUCAAUUGGUUAGUGCAUCGUGAGUGCAAUUGGUUCAUUGAGAUCAAUUGAGAUCACCCAGUCUGAAGAAGGGAACGGUAUCAGCAAUUGCGUAAAACAACAACAUCGACUAAAGUGAGUAGUGCAGCAAUAACAAUUUAGUGCAAUUGUCUUGACAGUGCAUGUGUAUCGUUGCAAAGAAGAAUUUAAUGCGUGAAAAAUGAAUUUUCAUCAAUUUAUGAAAAGCCCAGAUUAAGAAGAUUGCACGACGAAAACAAUUUGCUAUAUUUUUCUCGCAAGUUUACUGCUAAGUGGUGAUCUCCGCCCCCAAAAACCAAGUGUGUUCAAAGGUGCAAAUACUCAACAUUAGCAAGCAAGUGAACCAGCUACUGAACCCGAAAGUGACACAAUGGCAAUUCCGUUUCUGCAACCGGAAGAGGACGACAGCGCCCGGCACGGUAGUAAUGGGGGGCCCCCGAAUGGAGGUGCCCAUGCCGGUGCCGGUGCCGCUGGGAGUAGCCAUGGCAACGCUGCUGCUGGUAGUAGUGCUGGAGUUGGUGCGAUUGGCGGUGGUGGAGCCGCAGCCGGUGCAAGCGCUGCCGUCGUGGUUGGUGCUACCGGUCCGCUGCCAAUUCCAAGCUCACCGGCCCCCAUCAGCAGUGGGACAUCGACCGCAGUGCAGACGCCCCUCAUCGGACCGAUGAACAGCGAUCAGUUGGUGCAACUGUUCUACGAGGCAUUGUAUCGCUACUCGAGAGGAGAUACCCCCUCGACGCCGAUCUCACAGUCACCGCAGAGUUCGUCCUGCAGUCCAUUCACCACCGGGUAUUAUAACAGCGGAGGUGCAGGAAGUGCAGGUUUUGGCAGCACCAGCGUUGGCCAGGUGUUCUUUCCGCAGACCCCCAAUGCAGUGUACCGCCCGAGCGUCAGCGGAGUCGGGAGCUAUGGUGCUACAGGAGUGUUCUUCGGACAGCCUCCGACCCCAAGUCCCAGUGGAAGCAGUAGCCACAGCAGCCAUCACAGUGCCAAUAGCCCGGGAACACCGGCGUGCUCUUCAGCACCACCGAUAUUUCACCAAUUUCCAUCGAGCUACCAAGUGCCCAACACCGCAAACGCAAGCACCACAACCAGUUGGAGCCACGGCUCUGCCGGCCACGACGGAGAUGAAUCGAGCGAAUCGGACUCGUCUCAGCCGUCGUCAUUAUCGGAUGGAGAUGCACCCGCCAUCACCGGAUGCAACCCUCACUGUUUGGGACUACCGGGCUCGCAUCACCAUCUUCAUCACCUCCUGGAUGCUGGCAGUAGCACUAGCGCCAAUGUCAGCAGCAGCGGUAGUAGCGGUAGCAGCAGCACUGUGGCAACGAUCAGUGGCUACAUUCCCCCUCAUUUGGACUACAUGGCGGGGCGCGAGCAGUUGCAGGAGUUUGCCGGCAAAAUCCCCCAGCGGAAAAAGAAAUCGUCAACGUCCAAAUCGUCGAGCAAGUCCAAGAAACCGGGGUUUCUGGAGCAAGCGCUCGUCUGGCCAACCCUGGCCGUGACCGCCACGCUGAUCGCCCUCGGGUGUGGACUCCUGGCGGCCAGGUGAACCCAUCACAGAAAUCAGCGCAGAAACGUAAAAACACGGAACACAAGUGCCUUCAAGAUCGUGUCGUAGUAAAAUAGCAAACCUAAUGAUAGUGUUGUAAGCCCCAUCCGAGCCGGUUCAAUCCGUGUACGUACGCCCAGUAAACGAUGUCGCGUUUUCCAAGACCUCAUCAAGUGGACGGUUCAGCAGAUUGCUCGAGGGUGCUUCGUGCAGAAGUGCACUCCUGUGCCACCAUCUUCUUCAACCCAGUUGAAGUAAAUUACCGAAAAUGGCUUACCUUGGCUGAUGGAUACCGGAGCCACUUAUAAGUUGUGAAACAGCAAAUGACAUGGAAACAGUAGGAAAUGAAACGCGUCGGAUGCAACUUUAUUAGAUUGGCCAUUUUUAUCAUGUGAAAUUUUUACCAGAUUCUAGAUUCGUAGCAGCGAAAUGUGACGGUUAGCGUUUAAGAUUACUCGAUUUAAGGAACUUUUUCAAAGAUGAAACAAUUUUUAAUCCAUUUGACGGAUUGUGAUCUCGAUUUUUGUUUAUUUUUUGCAUGUAAACCCUCAUUGAAAGUUUUAUUCUCAGUUUAUGCAUGUUUUAUCUUUAUUUGUCCCUAUGAAAGGCGUUAUUGAAUUCGAAGAUUUUUUUUAAUAUCAAACAAAAGAAAAUAUUAUGCCAAGCCAAAAGUUAUUGUGAUUGUCCAUUUUAAGUUGUUAUUUUUCAAUCAGCAAAAAUUAGAAAACUUGUUCUAGUUUCAUUUUCCGUUCAGCAAAGCAUUUGGGAACGAAUUCAACAAGUUUAUUAAUUAUAAGUGAAACAGUAAACAUUUUCUUUCCAUUUCAUACAAUUUAUGCGUAACAAUUAAUAUCGUAGUAGCCAAUAAAGAUUUCGUUAUAUUAUAAGAAACAAUAUUGAUUUGUUAGUGAAAUUAUAUUCGUCUGUAACAAUAGCAAUUGGAAAAGCCAUAUCGGUUUAGUGAUCGGAUAGUAAUCGUUAUCCUUAUUCGGAGAAUACUCUUCUAAAGAUGAUUCUUAGCUAGAAGGACAGUGAAUUAUGUGCCGAUUUAAAAUAAUAGUUUUUAGUUUUAUGAUCAAACAUGAGCUGACAACCUCAGCUCGAGGAGAGAAAACAAACAGAUAAAAGAAGAUCUUCCAUAGAAAAUAAGCAAAUUAAAAAUUUCAGCUUUAUCUGUUUAGUUCAGCAAGUGAUUGAAACCGCGUGCCGGCAUAUGAAUUCUAAAGUUUUGUUAUAAAUAAAUACUGCCCAAAUAAUAUUUAUCCCAGCGGAUUUGUUUUAAUCUUCAAUCUUUACUCAUGGCUUUUAGCCAUUUUUUUCAAUCGAUGCUUUAAUCAUUAUCAAUAAAACAGGCUAAAAAACGUCAGUGGAAAACAGUGCAGAUGCUACAACUGCUGCAGAAGUUGCAUUACAAAAUAAUAUAUUUUCAUAUUGUUCAGAAUCUUUCGAGUCUUGCUGUGCAAAAUUCCCAAAGAAUUCGGUAGUAAUUCGUUUUAUUCCAACAUUGAUCGGAAUCGGUAGAUCUCAACCCAAGUCCCAAAGUAAGGGUCCGUUUCAUUUUAUUAUAAUACAUUAUUUUCAUAGAAUAAGCUUCGUUCGCUUAUAAGCAUUUCAACUUUCAACGUACUCUCAACGAUUUCACUCCUCUCAGACGAUUUUAUUACGUUGUAAGAAAAUAAAGAUUCUCAUAAAACACCAACGGGCAGAUACCUAGGCGAAUGGUUUUCUUUUUUUCUAUUUUUAUAAUACUAAUCGCUAAGCUAGACUAAGUUAUUCAAGAUGAACGCUCAUAAAGGCAGUCGAAAGAGGAUGAUUUCCCACCGUGUGCACGUGUAAGAGAAACGUCACAGAAUUAGGACUCGUGGAAGCGCGCAAUUGGAAGUAACACUUUUUAGCAAGCAACGAUUGGUGCUGUGGGAAACCUGUGAUGUACAUUUUGAUCUCAUUAAAACAAAAAAAAAAUGAAACUGUUUCAUCUCAUGUACCAUAGACAAAGAUUUAGCUGAAAGAGUGAAAGGGGACAGUGCGAGGUUAUUGCUUACAAUUUGUUUUAGGAUAAGUUACUUAGCGAAAUUACUCUAUCUAUCGAACAUUCUCAUUAGGAAGCUAGAUGUGUAGGACUGGGAACGGGAACCCGGUCGGUGGUGUGGAAUAGGGAGAUAUUAAGCCAAUUUAGUUAAACGAUUAUUCAGUGAUUUUAAUGACAAGAUUUCCCCAAUAAGAAAAGCGAUAUUUUUUUUACUGUGUAAAUUGUCCUUUUUUGGUCGAAAAAUGUGGUUAUAAAAGUAUAGUUUGUAGGGAUGAACUUGUUGCUCUCGUAAAUUGUUGGUCUCAUGCGAUCAAAGCCAAGAAUGACGUGGAUUGGAAUCGUCACUAGCCAGAUGAAAUUGUUUACAUGGAUGUAUUUUUUUAUUACUAAAUAAAGCUGUGAAAAUGUCAA